CCCCGAGUACAAAAUUUCCUUCCUUCCUUCCCUCUCUCUUUCCUUUCCAUUUUUUUCUCUUCUUCCCGUAAUCUCCGCCACACAGAGAAAACUCCCGAGCCUGAAUCUGGGACAUUGCUGCCGGAGCAGUAAAGAAGAGGCGUCCUGCUACUAAGAAGCCUUACUCUAGGUAAAUGAUUGGUGCUACCUUGGUUUGAUCCUGUUAAUAAGAUUGUUAUGAACUUAUGAGGAUUGCCUGAAUGUUAAAGUAGGGUCAAUGGGUCAUAUAUUUUGGUCCCAGUACUACUUGGUACAUUUGCAGUAAUUUCCUGAUUCACAUCCUUCACUGAAGCUUGCAGGAUUUUCCCCCAACACCAUCAACAAAAAUCACCCAAAACCCUAAUUAAAAAACCAUCACCGCGUCCAAAUGUGGAUAUCUCGUUCAUCACGACUCACUAAAACCCUAAACCUCCAAUUCUAUUCUCAAUUCUCAGCAGCAGCAGCAGUUUUACAUCAAGAACCAGAAAUUGUUGUGACCCCAAAACCUCAAUUAUAUACGUACUUAGAUGAUUUACCAAAACCCAACCCUAAAUAUUCAGAAACAAUCAUAGCAAUUCCCAGAACUGAUUCUGGUAAAAGUAUAGCUGCUAAAGAAAGAAGAGAUGGCAGAGUACCUAGUAUUGUGUUUGAACAAGAGAAAGGUGAAGAAGGUGGUAAUAAAAGAUUGAUUUCGAUAAGAAAUAAUCAGAUUAAGAAGCUUGUGAAUCAUUUGGGGAGAUCAAUGUUUGAGUCUAGAUUGUUUGAUCUUGAAGUCAAAUCUGAUUUUGAAUCUGAUGAGAUUAUUGAGAAAGUGAGGGUUUUGCCUCGUCAGCUUCAUCUCGAUGCGGGAACUGAUGCAGUACUUAAUGUCACCUUCUUAAGGGCCCCUUCAAAUGCUCUGUUGAAGAUUGAUGUUCCUCUGGUGUUUAUAGGAGAAGAUGUUUCUCCUGGAUUGAGAAAAGGGGCUUAUUUGAAUACCAUGAGAAGGCACGUCAAGUACCUGUGUCCCGCAGACAUUGUCCCGCCUUAUAUUGAAGUUGAUCUGAGUGAGUUGGAUGUGGGCAAGAAGAUAAUAGCCAAAGACCUCAAGGUUCAUCCAGCUCUGAAGCUCCUUGUACAAGAAGAUGAACCUAUCUGUAAGAUUAAAGGCGCUAGAAUGGAACAAAAGAAGGGAAACAAAUGAGUACUUUUUUUCGUUCAGAAAAAAGGAGGAUGAAUUUGACAAUGGCGAUCAUGGAGUUAGCAAUCACAUUCAUAUGAUUGCUAGCAUGUCAGAUAUUCAGCUGAACAGUCCUAUUUUGCAAAGCGAAUUUUGGUGUACCCUUCUUUCAAAAUAGCCAGAGUUGGAGAGUUAGAGAAAUAGAUACAAUUUUUAACUAUAGGAUAUUCUUCAGCCUAAUCGAACCUGUCAUCACAAUUAAAUUUCCUGGUUGUUUCUGAAUGAAAAACCAAAACUAGUAAAGAAAGAACUCCCCAAUUGCAUUAGCCCUCAAGUCAAUCACAUCAGCAAUAUUGUCCUGCACUAAGUAAAUUAGUAUUAUCCAUGCGUAUAUUUCAGUGCGGGACACUAAAUGCUUUAAUACCUUUUUUUCAUUCAUUGGGCUAAUGCGUGGUGCUGGUAGAAAACAACCUAGAAGGCUCAUGCUCUAAUAUUGGUUCUAUAAAUAAAAUACAUUCCACAUUUCUAAUUCUAC